CUGUUUGUGGGGAAAAGAGCUUUGCGACUUUACGUCAGAUCCACGCGGGUCAAAGCUCAGAGCUCGUUGCGGCUAAUAUUGACGGAACGCUUCAUGUCAACGCCGCCACCCUGAGACCUUCUCCACCUACCCAGGACGAACCCUGACUGAUCGGGCUAUUUGGCACCGUCGUCAUGGGGAAGAAACAGCCGUACAUCCCUCCCCUUAUCGGGUGGCUGUAUGAUCUGGUCUUGUGGUCGUUCUCCGUGCUCAUCGACCUCUUCUUCCGCGAGGUGCACCCGCGCGGAUCCUGGAAGAUUCCCCGGCGAGGACCCAUUAUCAUCGUCGCCGCCCCUCACGCGAAUCAGUUCGUCGAUUCGCUUGUCCUCAUGCGCGUUAUUCGCAGCGAGGCCCACCGUCGUAUCUCAUGGCUCAUUGCAGAGAAAUCAUUCAGACGCAAGUUUAUUGGACUGCUGGCGCGUGGUAUUGGAUCGCUGCCCGUGGCACGCGCCAUGGAUAACUUGAAGCCGGGUACAGGCACCGUCUAUCUUCCCGAUCCGGUCAACGAGCCCACCCUUUUGCGCGGCGUCGGCACCAAUUUCGAAGGCCCCGGUUUUGAGAAAGAAGGAACAAUCGCGCUGCCAACUAUCAACGGUACCUCGCACAGCACGGCCAUCGGGGAGAUCCGCGGUCCGGAGGAACUGAUUCUCAAGAAGCCUUUCAAGCACAGGGAUGCGCUGUUCCAGUUGACUGGGAGAAAGGACAUUGAUGGCAAUGGGAACUUCUCGGGAGAUGCCAAACCAGACUCCGACUUCAAGGGUUCCAAGUUUAAGGUGGCUCCGCACGUGGACCAAACGGCUGUCUACGAGGCCGUGUUUGCGAGAUUGAAUGCCGGUGGUUGCGUGGGUAUUUUCCCCGAAGGUGGUAGCCACGACCGUCCGUCUCUACUGCCCCUCAAGGCCGGUGUGGCUUUGAUGGCUCUUGGUACCCUGGCAGACAACCCUGAUUGUGGUCUGAAGAUUGUGCCUUGUGGCAUGAACUACUUCCACGCACACAAAUUCCGGUCCCGCGCAGUCAUAGAGUUCGGAAACCCGAUCGAAGUGCCGAAGGAGAUUGUGGAACAGUUCAAGCAAGGCGAUCGGCGCGAGUCUGUUGGUGCGCUUUUGGAUAUUAUCUACCAGAGUCUUGUCGCAGUCACCGUCACUAGCCCCGAUUAUGAGACUCUCAUGGUCAUCCAAGCAGCCCGCCGUUUGUACAACAACAAAGGCAAGAAGCUCCCUCUUCCCAUGGUCGUGGAGCUCAACCGCCGCCUCGUGAAAGGAUACGCCCAUUUCAAGGAUGAUCCGCGAAUCGUCAGCCUCCGAAAAUCCAUUGUCAACUACAACAAACAGCUUCGCAUCCUCGGCAUUCGCGAUCAUCAAGUGCAGUAUGCCAAAUUCUCUAUCGUGCAGGUGAUUGCCACCUUGAUCUAUCGUCUGGGCAAGCUGGCUCUCCUUACCAUCGGAACCCUACCUGGUCUACUUCUCUUUACUCCCGUUUUCGUCGCAACGAAGUACCUGUCGAUGAAGAAGUCGAAGGAGGCUCUGGCUGCCUCAUCUGUCAAACUGCAGGGCAGAGAUGUCAUGGCUACCUGGAAACUACUCAUUGCCCUUGCAUUCGCUCCAGCCGUCUAUGCAUUCUACACUGCUAUGUUCACCUACUGGACCUAUCGGAACCGAAUCCAAGGUUUCGUGCCAGACUGGGUGCCACUUUGGCUUGUGGUGAUGAUUGGCGUGGUGAUAUUCCCUACCGUUUCGUUUGCUGCACUUCGCAUUGGUGAAGUGGGAAUGGAUAUCGUCAAGUCGCUGCGGCCACUGGUUCUGUCUCUGAACCCAUCGUCGGCUAACACGCUUGUGAAACUCCGUGCAAAGCGUGCGAUGCUCGCCCAACAAGUGGAUGAGGCCAUCAAUACCCUGGGUCCGGAGCUGUUCCCAGACUUUGAUGCUGCCCGGAUUGUCACCGAUCCGUUCCGGGAGGUCAGACACGAAGGAGUUAAGAGCGACUUGCCCACGAUCAAACCACCUCGUGACGAGGAAAUGGAAGCCUUGCCCUCGGCGGAGCCUUUGCCGCGCAACGAGUCGUUCCACAACCUAGCCAACAUUGGCUUCUUCUCUACCAGACCCCCGAGCCGCAACCGCAGUCGCAGCAGCUCUGCUGGGCCUCGCCCGGGCUCGCGGCACGGGCUGAAGCCCCUUAGCUCGAUGACCCAGAAGGAUCCGCUGGAAGAUGUUAGCUCGCGGAUUCGAGAUGCGAUGAGAGAGCGGGGCGAGCGACGCCGGAGACGAAGCGAGGAUGGAAGCUGGGACAUGGCCAGCUCCGGGCCAGGAACGCCGUCCAGUGGUGAGGAAAUCCGAAAGGAUUUAUGACCUGGCUACGAUGCCCACGUUUGGUGUUGGAUCCCACUUGUCGACCAUUAGACAUUUGGCGAUGACUUGAACUUAUUUGCCGCGCUUCUUUA